AUGGCGGCAGAAACGAAGGGGCAAGAGCCUCAAGAUGUGGUGAUGGGCGAGUCGGGCAAGGGACCGGAGCCUGGGAUAGGGCAGGUGGCUCCUCGGUUCGAGAUCAAGAAGUGGAACGCGGUGGCCAUGUGGUCGUGGGACAUCUGCGCCGACACGUGCGCCAUCUGCCGCAACAGCCUCAACGAGCCCAGCAUUGAGUACCAGGCGAACCCAUCGCCAAACAACGAGAACGGGCUAUCGAUCGCGUUCGGCUGCUGCGGUCACGUGUUCCACCUCGACUGCAUCCAGCGAUGGCUCAAGACCCGCUCCGUGUGCCCCCUGUGCAACAAGGAGUGGGAAUUCGCAAAGAUCGAGCGCAUCCCCGGUUAUGGAAGCCUAGCAUCCUGAGUCAGUGCAAGGGGGUGGUGCAUGUCGUCAUGCCGUUUCAAGCCGACACAAAAUGUAGAUGUACAUGUCAUGUUGGGCGUGGACCGUUUACUGGCUACGCACGGGUAGGGCUGGGCCUACAGUUUGCCUUUUUACUGUCAUUGGCCGCGCCCUGCUUUCCUGCAACAAUGUCCCAGAGAGUACAAGAAAGUAGUCGCGCCCGCCCCGCAGUAGACAGCAGUGUGUAUUUGCUGGUGUACCUUUCUUCAGUCCAUGAGAGCCAGAGCACAACUUCGAUUCUUGCGAUCUUCGAUUUGGAGAUCCGGACGUUGUCCUUCCACGCGCCUUGGUGUUCUAGCGAUACCUGAUGUUGUCGUGCUUGCUUGCGCUGCAGCUGGACGGCUACUGUCGCCAGAGCAGAGGUGCCUCUUUAACAAGAUUUAAGUGCUGUUGAUGUAUCCGUUCACUCAGUACUUUUCACAGAGUCAGGGACACAGUACGUCAAAUCGCCGAUUCUGUAUUCCCCGGAUAUCACACCGGCACAGUUUUCGUAUGUUUUCGUAUAUGCCCUAGGCGGUGCUCAGCCACCGUACGCACCCCGACAGUAGCAAAAAAAAAGAGUUUUGGC